UUUAUAUGAGGCCAUACAUUAGACAGUUGAUUAAAUUUCUUUGCACCGUAUUCUCCACACACAACUCAAUUACGAACACCAACGUCUAAAAUAACUAGAGGGAAAACCUUAAAUUCAUCACAUCUGGAAAACAAGCAAAACUUUCAAAGCCUGUAAAUAUUGGCAUGUCUGUGGGGUGUGAUUUUAUUUAGAUGAAGUCUGUCUGGACAGAAUAUAAAAGUGUUUUGUCCAAGAGAAAGAAGUACUGUGUUUGUAAUGGAUCCGACGUUAGGAAGAAAGAUGAAUGUAAACGAGAUGUCAACUAAGGGUGGAUUUCUGAACAUGAAUUUUGUUUCAUCGAUGAAAUCUAAAAGAAGCAAAAAAAAGGUUUCUAUAGUCAAAGGAAAGAAAAUUUGGCCCAAAGGUUGUAGCACCUCUAGAAAUGCAGAAAGAGAAAGAACGAGAGUCAGGAGUCUGCGAGACGCUUUCCAAACCCUUCAAAGAGCACUUCCAUACGUUCCACCAAACACCAAACUUUCUAAACUGGACGUUUUGAUUCUAGCCACUACAUAUAUAUCUCACUUAACGAGGAUUCUUGGCGAAGAGGACAUGUUUCCCUCCAACGAUUUUGUUAAUGAAGUGGCACCUAAUGGAGGAAGUCAACUUUCUCAACGCUUGCAAAACCAUAUUCGGGAAGGAAGUUAUUUACGUCCUGUUAAGAAAUGGCCAAUGCGUUCAAGACUUUACGCUGGUACAGAGACUUGGUCCUUCUCGUCCACUAUGCGUAGUGCUACUACUCUGACAACAGAUGGCAGGAUGCUACAAGAAAAAAGCAGUUGCAGGUUCCAAACAUAACCUGGACAAAGCAUUUAUUGUAUUUGUCGUAUAAACUUUUGAUGAUCAAUCUGUGAAUUGUGCUUCUAUGUAUUAUCAAUAUAUGUUUCUUUUAUAAACAUUUACAUCAUCAACUUCAGCACAUCGAACUAUAAAGAUUCUGAGAUUUUUGAUUUUUGUUGAUAAAUAUGUAUUUAUGCUGAGCGCCUAUUGUGAACGAUUCUAAAUAAAAUCAUGGGAGCUGGUCUCCGUCACAGAUCUACAAUAAUAAAUCUUAGUGAAGUUUAUUAAUCAAACUUAUACAGAAACUUCCACGUGCAAGUCCUUAAUUACGAUAGAAAAUAAGACCUCACGAGGCUCGUUACUCCAGUUUAAAGUAUCGUAUAUCAAUAACAAAGGCUUAUUGACACAUACAAACACACCCAACACUCUGUGAUACAUCUAAACCACUGUUUGACAAAAGUGUGUGUGUGUGUGUGUCUGCUUAUAAGUGGCGAACUACUUGACCGAUUCUCACCAAACCUUGCAUGUAUCCUUAGCCGCCGUCACCCCUCGAGGAAUGGCAUAAAAACAAUCAACCAUACUUGAAAGGGUGUAUAUUUAUUUGUUUUUACUGAAAAUAACGUACACAAUCAAUUGGUUAUAUAACAUUUGCAUGGUUUAUCGUACAAAGGCGUGUUAAACAAAACUGUUUAAAUAAAUCAUCAAUAAACGCGGACACACAUUUCCCAUAAAACAGGAGAACAAAAGGUUUGAACUUCGCGCAA